AUGCCUCCUCCUCAUGUGCACCACGACAGGACAACUGAACAUAAUGAGGGUUCUCCUACCAAUCCUGUUAGGUUCCUGGGUCAGGACUAUCAGAAGCUGCUUCAGAAAUCUCUCAGAAGAAAUGAGCUGUACACAGAUGAGUUGUUCCCUCCAAACAGCAGCUCUAUUGGCACUCUAAAUAAAGAAGCUGAUCUGGACUAUAAAAAUGUCAUAUGGAAGAGACCAGCAGAAUUAGUGUCACCUGGUAAACCUUUCUUCACUGUUGAUGGAAUGUCCAGGUUUGAUUACGAACAAGGGUCCAAAUUAGGAAACUGCUGGUUUUUGGCUUCAAUUGGGGCUUUAACCUCGAAAGAUAAGGAGACAUCAUUUAUGACAAAAGAUGUCAUAAACCAAGUCAUUCCAGCUGGUCAGACAUUCAGCAACAAUUAUUCAGGGAUAUUUCACUUCAGGUUCUGGCGGUUUGGGAAAUGGAUUGAUGUUGUCAUUGAUGAUCUGCUUCCAACAAAUGAUGACAAGCUCAUUUUUGUGGGUUCAAAAACAUCUAAUGAGUUUUGGCCUGCCUUACUGGAGAAAGCGUAUGCAAAGGUGUGUGGAUCUUAUUCAGACCUAGAUGGCGGAUUCAUGUCUGAGGCCCUGAUAGACUUCACUGGUGGGGUGCACAUGGAGUUUGUGUUGAAUGAAGCUCCUGCUUAUCUGUGGGACAUUAUGGAUCGUGCAGCCAAGUCCCAAACCCUCAUGGGCUGUGCUUCUUAUCAUGGGGGAACACGUGAAGCUGUGUCAUCCAAUGGCAUAGUUGGGGGUCAUGCUUACACUGUGACAGGUGUUUCCAAGGUGAUGAGUGAAGGAAAUCCAGUUCAUCUGGUGAGAGUGUUAAACCCAUGGGGAAAUACAGAGUGGAAAGGAGACUGGAGUGACGAAUCAGCUUUGUGGAACACAGUGAGUAAGGAGGACCUCAAGUGCCGUGAAAAACUUGAAAAUGGGGAGUUCUGGAUGUCAAUGAAAGAUUUUACCAGAAACUUCGAAAGCCUGGAUAUCUGCUGUCUCUGUCCUGAUUUUCUGGACAGAUCCUCUGGAUGCCACUGGAAGUCACAACGCAAUUUUGGCCAAUGGAUUGCUGGGACUACAGCUGGUGGUUCCAUGGACAAUAUGGAGACUUUCUGGAAAAACCCUCAGUUUCGGGUGAGGAUUGAGGAGCUUAGUGAGGACUGUACUCAUGAGGAGGGUGCUGAAAACAUACUCGUGUCUCUCAUGCAGAAUCAUGAGAAGAGAAACAGAAGUAGCCAAAAUAACUUCAUGAUUGGAUUCUAUGUUUUUAAGGUGAGAGGUGAGAGUAGGAAGUUCUCAGCUGAGUUCUUCAAUGACAAAAGACCUGUGGAAAUGAAGUCUUUCCGAAACUUGAGAGAGGUGAUGGGAUUCUUCUGGCUGGAGCCAGGAGAAUACAUUGAAGAGGCUGCAGGACAAUGA